CUUGUAACCAUACCUGCGUCGCUUUAUACAGUAGGAAAUCGUGACUUAUUAAUGUCGGAAACUGACAAAACGUGGACGGGGAUGAAUGAUGGUAACUACACUGUUACAUCUGAUGGUCGCAUGGAGCCUGUUUCUUAAUAUAGUUGGAGGCGCUAACAUCACAGUACAGAUGGGACGAUCCGCAACCCUGCCGUGUACAGGAAUAACCAACGUCUUUAGAGAGUGGCAGCGGCUUGAUACGGGUGAUACUUGGGUACAGUUGAUCACCCUGUACACAGGAGGCAGCACGCCUGAUCUUCAGGAGAAAGCGGGUCUGGAUACCUUCAACCUGAGAGGCAGAUUCACGGCUACAGCUGAUGAUGACUUCACAGCAACCAUCACAAACACACGGGCUAUUGAUGACGGGAGGUACCUGUGUGAUGGGUCAUCAUCUGGGGGACAAAUUGUUCAUACGCUGCUAACAUACUGUAAGUACUUAUUGUAUAAAUAA